CAAUGCUGAGAGCCCGGUUCAGUGAGUUGUUGGCCCAAGAACGUGACGGUUGAUUUGUAUAGGCGGAAGACGAGUGGAUCUGUGAUCGCUGAUCGCUAACUCUAGAUGACAUGAUGCCGGCUCUUUGGCAGUGGCUUCUUUUGGGCCUCCUCCUGCUGAUACCACAUCAUUCGGGUGCGGCCUCCAAGAGAGUGAAACUAUGCCUCCAGCCGAUGAUCAGUGGCCGGUGCUUUGGGUAUGUGGAGAGCUUUGCCUACAACCCCAUAAAGCGCCAUUGCGAACCCUUCAUCUACGGCGGAUGUGGCGGUAAUGACAACCGAUUCAGUACCAAAGCCGAGUGCGAGUUCAACUGCCGUGAUAUUUAGAAAUGUCAACCGAAAUGUCAAUUUCUUUACACAAAUCAACAAAAGUUACGAACAAAUAUGUUAAAGUGAAAUAAAUGUAUAUCUACGAACUGAUGGUUAUAUUAUAUAAUAUACAUUCAAUGUUGUAUUAUUUAGAUAACGUCUUAGAUAAGUAGUUCGUUGGUUUGAAUUAAUCUUAUGUAUUCUAACACUUAAAAUCAAGUUAUGCUGCAAAAGUUAAAUUUACAAGUUUGAAUUUCAAGCUAAAGUUAAUUAAAAACUAAAAAAUAUAUUCUAAAAUUUGAAAUUUUGUUUAAAUGUAGAAGAAGUAAUGUAGAUAUUCAUAAAUAUAAACAGAGGGAACAAAUGCUUGCUGCUUCGCAAAGGGUAAACAAGGUAGUUCUAAUCCUUAAGGUAUAUAACACUCCAGUUCUACACUCAAAUUUGCAAGCUUGGUUCAUUUUAAACUCAGUCUGAAUAUUUUGCAAGCAUAUUUAAAAUGAGCAACAGAGUUUCCCUAUGUAUCUAUAUUGUGUGUUCAAUGCGAAGUUUCGUUGGCCUUUGCUUGGUUGCGGCGCUUCACGUGUCGCGGAUUGUUGCAAAUCUUGUCGCAAUCUUCCAGACUUCCAAAGAGUCUUCUGUUGCUGCAGCCCUUGUACUGACAACGUUGCAACUCAGGAUCGUAAUAGAUUCCCACGGUAGUGGGUCCACAGACUCCAUUAGUGCUCGGCACCAUCUGGCACAGGUCUCCUGGAAAGCGAAAGGGGAAAUAGGUAUAAGUAUUUACUAACAAAUCUAUCUAUCGACCCUUAAGUACCGCUUUAAGUAUGCUUGUAGUUAUAGUUUUGUCAGAAAAUACAUUUGAUUGCUCAUUUUUAUUAUUGUGCAUUGUGUGUCAUUUUGAGUUUAAGUGUUUUCAUAUUUAUAUUCUUUGGAAUUAUAUAAAAAUUAUCAGCUCUGUCAAAAAAAAUAUAUAUAUAUUUAAUAAUUUUUAUUAAUGUACAUUAUGAGUCAUUUGUUUCUAAGUCCUGUUAUUGAAUACAUUUUAAUUUUAAGCUUUUUAAGAGUUUGAAUUCUUUGCUAGUAUAUAAAAUUCCCGAGAAUAUCAGAUAACUUAAUUUUCCAAUAAUGUGAACAGCAGAAAAAUAAAUGUUUAUUAUAUAAAGAUACCAAAUAUUUCCAUAAUUAAGUGAGUACUUUGUAAAAUAUUACAUAUCCAAAUGAUGUUAUGUGUAAGAAUAUCAGAAAAGUUGUAAGGUCUAAGGAUUAAGCAUGUUUACUUUCUUAAGUAAUCGAUACCCUUACUGGGGUCAAUGCCCUACGGAUUUUGGCAUUGAAAGGUUGAACAACAAGAUUUGAUAAGAAAUUUUCAAAAUGAAUUAUUCUCAAAGAUAUAUAAAAUCUACUAAUCUUUUUUUUAAUACUUACGCACGCGAGCCUCUGCGGUAAAUUGUUGAUCCAGGAUUAUGGUUAAAACCACACAGAGCCAAACGGUUAUUCUCAACUGACUGUGGGAGGCCAUUUUUAUAGUAUUUAAGAUGAUGGUUCCGCUGGAGUAUCCUCGAUAUCUCCCCAAGUUGGUCAGCUCCGUAUUGCAGCUCUACUUUGCUCCCUGGCACCGAUGAUGUCAAUCUGGUUCAGGACAAAAACAAAUGCGCAGCAGCCGCUCGUCGCCAUAUAUAAGAGGCAGUACGGAAUGUGUCCGAUUCCACAGUGAUUGAAAGCCUCUAGUAUAUAGAUGAUCGGCCGAUCCGUCUGCUUCUCUACUUUUUUACUUGCUUCUUUAUUCUGCUAUAUUUUAUGGGUUUUUAAUCUAGGGUGCAAGAGCCCAGCCGAAAAAAGCGAUCGAUUCUUUGUUGCAGCUGUUGCCAAUUCGCGAUGUAGAUAGGGAAUACUUCAGUAUUCAGGGCUCUAAUGCUCCUUUCCUUGGACUUUGUCAGCGCAAUUUUCAAAAUAAUGUUUAAUGGCAGAAAGAAACGGAUUUGGUUCACCACACACUUGGUCACUGACUAAACGGCGAGUCGCGAACUCGACUUGAAACCUCGAACAAAAGGCAUCCAGGGCACAUAUUUGUAAUCGGACUGCCUCUGCCAACAGCUCUGCCGCUGAUUUGGAUUGUGAUGAGAGAAAAAAAAUGUACACUGGCAAAAAUGAUGUCUAAAUAUGUUUAAGAUAGGUAAUCUUUUCUUAUUUAGGAAAAGGGUUUAAUAAAUAAUACUUGUUGUAUAAAUAAUAUUUAAUUUGUAAUAAAUAUAUAAACCUUUGUUGCUUAAAAAAAA